ACGGCCACACUGCAGCUCGAACACUACUUUCUGCAAAAAAAAUACGCACGGAACGUGGAAAUCAAUACGAAAUCAACAAGAGCGAUCGAUUUUGAGCAGCCGUCCCAGUCGCAGAGCAGCGCGCCUUGAAAGCCAGCGCGCCAAUUACCCCAGCUGCCCCAUUCACGAGCCAUUUUCCGGUGUGGUGGAAAAUUCGCAUAUCGCAGAGAGAAAAAAUUUGCGCGUCUGUCUGUCUGCAUCUCCUUGCCUGCGUGUGUGUGUGUGCGUGUCGGUGUGUGUGUGUGUAUAGCACGGCCUACAUUGUCAAUUAAGAAGGGAAAAAAAAGAAAAAGCCAGAGGUCCUUUUGAUCCUUUGCUUGUUUGCCCUCCAACAAAGCCAGCCAAAAUGUCCAGCCUGCGACCCGAGGAGCCCCGGAAACUGGCCACCGCCGCCUCCGUUUCCCCGCUGAGCAAUUGCCAGUUCAGCGGCGUGGUAAUCAGCGCGAUUGCCGACGAGCAAAAACUGGAGUUUGCCAACAAAUACAAGGGCAGCUGUACGCUGCUCUGCAGCUACGAUUCCCAGGGAGUCGUGCUCCGCGUGGUGGCAGAUGAGGACCACGGCCACGUGCUCAAGGAGUACAUGAUAGCCGCCGACACGGAUGCCGCCCAAAUGGGCAGACGCAGCUAUGCCGUCUCCCUGGACGCCGAUAAUCUUGUCCUGCGCUUCGCCAGCGACCAGGACCAGCAGCUCUUCCGAAAGGUGGUGGAGAAUGUGAAGCAUCUGAGGCCCAAGUCUGUGUUCUCCCAGCGCACCGAGGAGUCGUCCGCCUCGCAGUACUUCCAGUUCUACGGCUACCUUAGCCAGCAGCAGAAUAUGAUGCAGGACUAUGUGCGGACGAGCACCUACCAGCGGGCCAUACUGGGCAAUGCGGUGGAUUUUCAGGACAAGAUCGUCCUGGAUGUGGGCGCUGGCUCGGGCAUUCUGUCCUUCUUUGCCGUGCAGGCGGGUGCCGCCAAGGUCUAUGCCAUUGAGGCCUCUAACAUGGCCCAGUAUGCCCAGCAGCUGGUCGAGUCCAACAAUAUGCAGAACAAGAUCUCUGUGAUACCGGGCAAGAUCGAGGAGAUCGAGCUGCCCGAAAAGGUGGACGUAAUCAUAUCGGAGCCCAUGGGCUACAUGCUUUACAACGAGCGCAUGCUUGAGACGUAUCUGCACGCCAGGAAGUGGCUGAAGCCGCACGGCAAGAUGUACCCAACGCACGGCGACCUGCACAUCGCCCCCUUCUCGGAUGAGUCCCUGUACUCAGAGCAAUACAACAAGGCCAACUUCUGGUACCAGUCGGCCUUCCACGGCGUCGACCUGACCACGCUGCACAAGGAAGGCAUGAAGGAGUACUUCCGCCAGCCCAUCGUGGACACCUUCGACAUCCGCAUCUGCAUGGCCAAGUCGGUGCGGCACGUGUGCGACUUCCUCAACGACAAGGAGGACGACCUGCAUUUGAUUGACAUCCCCCUGGAGUUCCACAUCCUGCAGACUGGCAUCUGCCAUGGACUGGCCUUCUGGUUCGACGUGGAGUUCAGCGGCAGCAGCCAGAACGUGUGGCUCUCCACGUCGCCCACGGCGCCGCUAACGCAUUGGUAUCAGGUGCGCUGCCUACUGCCCAUGCCCAUCUUUAUCAAGCAGGGCCAGACGCUAACCGGUCGCGUCCUGCUGGAGGCCAACCGGCGGCAGUCGUACGACGUGACCAUCGACCUGCACAUCGAGGGGACGCUGAUCUCGUCAAGCAACACCCUGGACCUGAAGAAUCCGUAUUUUCGGUACACGGGGGCGCCGGUCCAAGCGCCGCCGGGGACUAGUACCCAGAGUCCAUCUGAACAGUACUGGACGCAAGUGGACACGCAAGGAUCGCGCAAUUCUUCUAGCAUGCUAAACGGCGGGCUCAGCGUGAAUGGAAUGGGCGAUGGCAUGGACAUCACCCACGGACUUAUGCAUCCGCACUAGGACGGCUGCGAAUCGAAUAACAAUACAUCUUUCUGGGAAUUCUCUUCGCUCCAAGUCCGCUCAACUUUAACGAUUGAUUCUUUUUUGUCAACUCUUGUUUUGUUACAGUUUAUGUUUAGUUAUUUAUUGAAAAGUGUAAAUUAUUUCCCCUACUCUCGAAACUCAGUUGCGUUUACGUUAUGCACACCUUUUGCACCGGCAGUUCUACCUUCUUUUCAUACGACCUCCCAACUUUUUUAACCCUUUUAUUUGAUCGGACAAAUCGGAGGAAACCCAGCAUCCCAGCAAGCAACCAACAAACAAACAAUCAACAAAUCAAGGCAGACUAAUGUAGUUGUUUAGAACACGCAGCAUAUUAAUAAGCCUAAGCUAAUUUUAGCCCAUAGUAAUAGUGUUUUUAACGUAUGUGAAAAGUAAUAACGAUAUUUAACCCAUGCGGGACUGCGCUUCAGGAAGUUUCUUAGUUAAUAUGCCGAUUGCCAAUUGCAGUUUUUGCCGAAAGCUUUGAACAAACCAACAAAUUCAGAUUGUACUGUAUCUAUUAUGUGUGUUAUUAUAUUAUAUUGAGUGUACCUCCAGCUAGUUUCAAUUUUUGUACUUGUCGGCCGUGUUUAUGUUUAGUUCGUUUCAAAAUGUAAGAAAUUUGCUCAUAGGAUUUAGUGCUAAGUUACGAUACCACAUACUAAAGGCCGGCCCGCGCCGAGAGAUUAUACAUAUACCCGCAUACGAUUACGAUUAAUUCAGUAGUAGUUCUGUUCGGUCCUAAGUUUCGCACCCCAGAUCCGGUCAUAGAUCCUACUGUAUCGCUGCCAGCAAGCCGAGCGCCCUAUAAGCAUAUACACCUAGAUAUACACCUAGUAGCGUUCACCAGUCAACCUAUACACACAACCCAACAUUCUCGCGUUCGGUGGGCUUGUAUCCUGUAUGCCGACUGUACUUUAUAGAGCAACAAAUAAAAACACUCCAACACACAA